AGUUCGGAGCUUCUCCAAGGGCGGCAGGAAAGGACCACGAGGAUUCGGACCUAACGCCACUAUUUGGAUCUGGGCCAGGGCUGCCCGGGGCAAUCAAGGCCAGCUGGGUGGGCGGGGCUGAGGGAGCCUUUGCAGAGCGGCGCUACGGCGAGCAGGACGCCGGGGCCCGGCGGCGGGAACCUCACCCACCUUCCCGCGCAGAUCAGGGGCUCCCUCGCUGAACAACCCGCCCGCCUCGGAGCCUGAGCCAAUAGAAACUCGAUGUAUAUAUGACUCACCAUGCCUAACCAAUCAUUUCGACGCGCGCUCUCCGCCAGUAGCUCGCGCGAUAACCAGGAGACCUCGUACUUCACAAUAAAAGCCCUUCUUGGGGUGAAAGACUCGUCUCCGCCUCUCGGGCUAGCACCGGAAGUAGCUGUGCAAGAUCCUUCCGCGCAUCCCGGCAGCGGACGGUGGUGAUCCUUAGAUCUCAAAAGCCUUGUAAAGUAGUGCGCCCUUUUUUGAGGCUGUAAAUAAAAGUAACUCAUUUGGUCCUCACAGUUUCGCCCUCGACAUAAAAGUCAGAGACUGGAAAUGGUAGGGGCGUCGGUUAAAUGAAAGCGCGUGGGUGGGAGGCGCUGGUCACGUGACCUAGGCGGAAGAAUAUUCUCUGUGAUGCGUCCCACAGAGGCAGAGUCUAUAAAGGACCCGCGCUCGGCGAACCGCCGCCAUUUCUUUUCCUCUCCGCUGUAGAUGUAGUCCUUUUCUGCGAGUGGGCGCUUUUCUUCCUCCGCUCCCGCAGGGUCCGCGGCCGCCAUGGCGUAUUAGAGGCAGCAGUGCCUGCGGCAGCAUUGGCCUUUGCAGCGGCGGCAGCAGCACCAGGCUCUGCAGCGGCACCCCCCAGCGGCUUAAGCCAUGGCGCUUCUCACGGCAUUCAGCAGCAGCGUUGCUGUAACCGACAAAGACACCUUCGAAUUAAGCACAUUCCUCGAUUCCAUCAAAACUCCGCAACAUGGCCGAGAUGAGCUUCCUGAGCAGCGAGGUGUUGGUGGGGGACUUGAUGUCCCCCUUCGACCCGUCGGGUUUGGGGGCUGAAGAGAGCUUAGGGCUCUUAGACGAAUAUCUGGAGGUGGCCAAGCACUUCAAACCUCAUGGGUUCUCCGGCGACAAAGCUAAGGCGGGCUCCUCCGAAUGGCUGGCUGUGGAUGGGUUGGUCAGUGCCUCAGACAACAGCAAGGAGGAUGCUUUCUCCGGGACAGACUGGAUGGUGGAGAAAAUGGAUCUGAAGGAGUUCGACUUCGAUGCCCUGUUGGGUAUAGAUGACCUGGAAACCAUGCCAGAUGAGCUUUUGGCCACGUUGGAUGACACAUGUGAUCUCUUUGACCCCCCACUCCAGGAGCCCCCGCAGAUAGUGAACCCAAUUGGCCAUCUCCCAGAAAGUUUACCAACAACUGACCAGGUUGCCCCCUUUACGUUCUUGCAAACUCUUCCCCUUUCCCCAGGGGCCCUGUCUUCCACUCCAGAUAAUUCCUUUAGUUUAGAGAUACAGGGUGAAGUGGAAAUCUCGGAAGGAGAUAGGAAGCCAGACUCCACUACUUACAUUACCUUGAUUCCUCAAUGCAUAAAGGAAGAGGAUGCCCCCUCAGAUAAUGACAGUGGCAUCUGUAUGAGCCCUGACUCCUAUCUGGGCUCUCCCCAGCACAGUCCCUCCACCUCCAGGGCCUCUCCAAGUAGGAGCUUGCUCUCUCCCGGGGCCCCUUGUGGUUCUGUCCGGCCCAAACCCUAUGAUCCUCCUGGAGAGAAGGUGGUAGCAGCAAAAGUAAAGGGUGAGAAACUAGAUAAGAAGCUGAAGAAGAUGGAGCAGAACAAGACAGCAGCCACUCGGUACCGCCAGAAGAAGAGGGCAGAGCAGGAGGCCCUCACUGGCGAAUGUAAAGAGCUGGAAAAGAAGAACGAAGCUCUGAAAGAGAAGGCAGAUUCCUUGGCCAAGGAGAUUCAGUAUCUCAAAGAUCUGAUAGAAGAGGUCCGCAAGGCACGGGGAAGAAACGCGCCCCCUAGCUGCCGGGCAGGGGUGUGCAUGUGCUUGUACAUAGGCUAGGGCUUUAGCUGUGUGUUGCAAUAAAUUAUUUUGUAGUGAACGUA